CGGACGUGUAGUAAAUGGUGAAUUCAAUGUUUCUUCCAGAGCGUCAAUGUGGACGGAGUGAAGUACGCGAAUCGGAAAACGUAAGAGAGAAAGAGAGGGCAGAGACAGGCAAACCAGCAAUAAAUCAAAAAGUUCUUAAACGAAGAAAAUAACAAAAAUGGGCUUGUUUACCAAAAAGAAGAAGUUCACCGAUAAUGCCAGCUCCGAUUUUAAUAACGAGCAAGCGCUAGCGCGACAGGAUCCACGCACGCGGGUGCACACAAGAACCGCUGCCAGCGUAACAACUAAUACGGCUGUGCAGAACUCUACGAUAAUUGAUAGCAACGCAAAGACGGUAACAUACCAGUCCACCACACAGACAGUGACUCACAGCCAGAAAGCGUGUGUGACGGAAAUGACAACGCGCCGCACACCAAGCCAGGCCGAACUGGAGGAUCUGUUGGCGCAGCUAAGGAUGAAUGGGGGUCGAGCAGGCAGCAGCUCAACCACAACAACAACAAACAACAACAACAGUAGCAAACGUGCUGGCCCCACCAGCCUCUAUGGCGUGGCUUUGCGUUCGACCACAUCUUUCAAGCCCAACGCGGAAGCCAGGAGAUCCAGCACCUUGGUCAAGUCGGAGCAAACAUCUGUCUCACAGAAGCAGGGACGCACUGUCACUCAGCAUGUGGAAACCCAACGAGUGGUGCUGAGCCCCAAGACAACUGCAAACCCCACUUCCGCAACAGCUGGCGCCAGCUCUUCUUACAGGUCGAAUAUGUCGCCUUUGGCGCUAAAACCAAUCGAUUCAAGCUACGUAUCACCCUAUGCUAAGACGACCCCUGGAAUCAGCUCUGUGUUCUCGAAGCCCUCGCUAAUUACGUCUUCCGCGCUGCCCAAGGCGGCUACUAGUAGUUACAUUCCGUACAAGCCCACAACACCCAGCUUUGUGCUACCUAAGUCUACAUCAGCUAACUCCGUGUUAUCCAAGCCUGCAUCCACCAGCACUGCUCUUGGUACAAAGCCGACCCCAAAGACAGUAGUUCCCAAGCCUUUUAUAAGCCUUAAUCAAAGCAAAGGGGCCGUGCCCAAAACUUUUCCAAGCAGUGCAAGCUCCGUAGAUGCACGUGCUGAAGUGAAUCCCACAAAGUCUGGAAUCGGCCCAAUACCCAAAGUGAAGCCGGCUAUCAAGAAAAAGCUGAAGCCCGCAGAAGUGGUCAUCCUCAACAAUGAGCGUUUCGAUAACAGCAAUGAAUAUCGUUCGGGAAGCGCCAAAGAUGUCGAAUCACUGGAGAAAACAUUCCGAACACUGCUCAAGUGUAAGGUGAAAACCCAUACGAAUCCAUCGGUCACCGACAUCCGGAAGAUUGUUGCCGAAUUGGAACAGAAAAACUUGGAGGAUCGUUCAGCACUGGUGCUGGUCAUCUUGAGUCAUGGCCAGCGCUACGAAUCGAUAGCCGCCAAGGAUGGGAACUACAAGCUGGACGAUGAUAUCGUCUUUCCCAUAUUGCGCAAUCAAUCGCUGGACGACAAGCCGAAGAUCCUGUUCGUCCAGGCGUGCAAGGGAUCCCGAGAGAUGGGCAAAUUCAAAACAGAUGCCAUAAAGCCGCAUGGUAAUCCGAGCGAGAUUCUCAAGUGCUACAGUACCUAUGAGGGGUACGUCUCCUAUCGCUUGGACACUGGCACGCCCUUCAUUCAAACACUGUGUGACACAUUGGCGUCAAACGUAAAUAUGGACAUUGAAGCUAUUAUGAAGGAAGUCAUGAAUCUGGUCAAGGUCUAUACCAAUGGCGGUCAAGUACCAUCGGUAACCAGCACAAUGACCACCAAAUACACGUUUGGCGAUUAUAUUUAAGCGGUCUCAGUAAAUAUAAGAUGUAAAGAAUUUGGCAAAGGCCUUUAUGAGGGGUCGCCGAGUACCAUCGAUAGCCACUACAACUACGGAGAUUGAUUGUAUUCUUGCCUUGUGAUCAUGGCAACGCUAUAGUCACACUAUAUUUCCUGUGGCCAGACACAAAGCCAAUAGCAAAUGAGACUGCAUUCCGGCUGUCAUGUAUUCUGGCCAGAAACGAACCAAAACAAAUAGCUUUUAAUAGGAGUAUAUUUUAUUUUUUAGCUACACACAACUGUGCCCUCUUAUUGUAUCAGAAACAUUCAAUUUAUUUAGCUUAAUACAUGUGUACAAAAUUCCACAAUGAGACCCGCAAUCCUUCUUUUACUUU